AUGGCGGUAUUGGGGCUGUACACAGACUACGGAGAAAACCAUGCCGGCCAUCCUGUACGGAUGUUCAGUUACAAUACGACCCUAGUGGUACUUCUAGACAUCGUAUCUCUCAGCUUGUUGUUACCUGUUGUGUUACUCAGCUGUUCCAGGAAAGACCGACUGUUCCUCAAAGUCCUUGACAUUCUAGACAAGGUUGAACAGAAUCUUCAGCAGGACCUUCCAGACAGGAAGGCCAAAGUGAAAAUGUUCCUCGUCUGCACAGUCAUUAUGACUCUCAUUGUCUGUAAUGGAGCGUUGGAUUUUACAUCAUCACUGAGUACAGGUCGCCUAAACCACAUGAGGUCACUUUGCUACAUUCCCGCACAGUUCAUGUACUUUGCUCAAGCCGCUCUGUUUUUGCACUUCACCAAAAUCACUGAAAGUAUUGCCUUAAGGUUUAGAACGAUCAACGGCGAGAUCAAGGAGGCGUUGCUCGGAAACAGGAGUGAACGAAUAGUGCUCAGAGAAUCUCCGAGAAUCAACGUGAGUGAAAGUGUCGGAGGUGUCUCAUCCAUCUGCAAAGUGAAAUCUCUCAUGGACACUUACUGGAUGUUGUGUGAAGCGGUUCAAAAAGCCAACAUCUUCUACGGAGGCCAACUGUUGGUGACUUUCCUCAGCUCAUUUUUCCAAACGACGAUUGCGUUGUAUUACUUCUUCUUCUUCGUCAUCAACGGUUUCGCCAUGGCCGCCACUUUCGGUGGAGCCUGGAUUAUCGCCCAAGUUGCCCACUUGGUUCUGUUGACACGUCCAAGCACACUGGUGACAGAGAUGGCCGAUGACACAGCUCCGAUGAUCUGUAAGUUGAUCAACAUGGAUUUAGACCCAACUCUGGUGGAAUUGCUUGAAGGCAUCUUAAUGCAGUUAAGGAAACAUAACGCAAGGUUUACAGCACUUGGAUUUUUCCAGAUUCACAAUUCUACUCUAACGGCAAUGGCAGGAGCUGUAACCACUUAUUUGGUGGUAUUGAUCCAGAUGCGCAUCUUAUAUUCAUAG